AUGCAGAAAUUAAAGAUGACAAUGGACAACCAGAAGCGUUUUGUACUCGUCCAUGGGACCUGCCACGGCGCAUGGAGCUGGUACAGAGUGAAAACGCAGCUCGAGGCUGAAGGGCACUGUGUCACUGCAGUGGAUCUGGCUGCAUCGGGUAUAAACAUGACCAGAGUGGAAGAGAUUCAGACGUUGAAGGAUUAUUCCAAGCCACUAUUAGACAUUAUGGACUCAUUUCCCUCAGACAAAAAGACAAUUCUGGUCGCACAUAGCGUGGGAGGAGUACCGGCUGCUCUCGCUGCCGACAUCUUCCCUUGUAAGACCGCUGCUAUUGUUUUCUUGACAUCUUCCAUGCCAGACACCAAAAACCCGCCUGCCUACGUUGUCGAAAAGUUGGUUGCACGCAUUUUACGAGGAGAGUUUUUGGACGCCGUGUUUGGAAGUUAUGGAACACCUGAUCGUCCUCUAGAGACUCGUCUUCUUGGACCAUGGUUCUUGGCUGAGAAAUUUUAUCAGUUGUCUCCUAUUGAAGAUCUUGAAUUGGCGAAAAUGUUGGUGAGGGUAAACCCUUUAGUUACGACCAAUCUGACAGGGACAAGAAACUUCACUGAGAAAGGGUAUGGAUCGAUUCCACGUAUUUAUAUCAUAUGCGAAGAGGAUAAUAUAAUACCCAAAGAAUACCAGCACUGGAUAAUAAGGAACUUUCCAGCAAAAGAAGUAAUAAAGAUCAAAGAUGCUGAUCAUAUGCCAAUGAACUCCAAGCCUCAAGAACUAUGUGCUCGUCUCUUGGAAAUAGCAGAUAUAUAUGCAUGA